UAUUUAUUUAGGACUCGAUUCAAGCGGUAAAUGGCCAAGUGGAUUACUAUCAGGAACAUUUACUGAUUUAGGAUCAUUUGAUACUUGUGUAUCAUUAGAUUCUAGUCAGUAUUGUCUUCUCUAUACAAAUGUACCUCUAUUCAACGAGACUGGUUAUGAAGGUUUUAUGCGCCCAUACGAUAGUCGAUUGUUCAAUUUUACAAGUGAACCAUUUAAAUAUUUUCAAAAAUAUAUUCAUUUUCUUCGUCGAAUGAACAUUACGACUGGUUUGUGUGUUCCUAAUGAAUGUUCAAGAGAAGAGUUGACUUUCAUUGUCGGUGCACUCUAUGAUAGAUUCAACACUGGUCUAACAGCCGAUGUUGAUCUAUGCUAUUCAAGUCCAAUCAGCAUACCUUGGCGUCCAUCUGAAGUUAUUGGUCUUUCGAUCAUUUUGUUGAUUAUUUUUCUCAAUUUCGUAGGAACUCGUUGUCCUGACGAUUCUCUUUUAGCUUCUUUUAAUUGGUCAGAAAACUGCAAAAAGCUGUUUUCAAUUAAACCAUCAGCAGAUGAAUCGAUGAACUUUCUUGAUGGUAUCAAAGUACUUACCAUGUUUCUAGUUGUUUUAUCACAUUUCCAAAUGGGAAACAUGUACAACUUAUACACAAAUGCAUUUGAAUUCAUACAAGUAGCAAUAAAUCCCAUAUUUAUCCUGGUCUAUCUCGCUCCUUACACCGUUGACCUUUUUAUCAUGGUAACUGGACUUCUCAUGGGCUACUAUUUCUUUUCUGGUAAGAGACGAUUAAACUUGAUUACUUAUAUAAUUGGAAGAUGGAUUCGAUUCGCCACGAUUCUUGGUUGGAUUAUUUGCUUGCAAUUCAUAUUAUAUGGUGAACAUUUCCGUCAUAAAUUCGGAGGACCUUUGUGGGGUGACUACAAUGGUGUUGGUUCAAUCGUACAAUCUUGUGAGAAAACAUGGCUUCCUACAUUGCUGUUGAAUCAAUUUUGGUUCGAUAGCUCAAAAGAUGUCAAUGUCUGUCUUCUUUUCGAUUGGUAUCUUGCCGCUGAUUUUACACUCGCUAUUUUAUUCCUAUUUGUUCUGAUACCUUACCUUAAAAAUCACCCAAAACUGUCCAUUAUCAAUACAAUCAUUUUAAUUUUUGUUGGACUGGCCCUAUCAGGACUUGGAAUCCAUUUCCUUGGUAUUCCAACAACAUGGAUUACCACGAAUUACCAACGAAAAGCAUUUUUACAAUACAGCUUUGAUUUUAAUCUUAAACCUUGGCCUCAUAUAAGUCCAUAUUUUGUCGGAGUCCUUUUCGGUUACUUUUUAUCUCGACCUAAGCUCAAGUUGUCUCAAUUGACUCUUGGGUUUGGUUGGUUGGUUUGCCUAUUUUGCCUUUCGUUGAACUUUACCUAUGAAUAUGUAGUCAAUCGAUUUGGAAUCGACCCUGAAUAUAAAAUUGCAUUGGCUUAUGGUACGGUUUCAAAAACAAUUUGGGCAAUUGGUUGGGCUUGGAUUAUUUUGAUUCUCAAAUUGGGUUAUGCUUCAUCAGUUUCUAAUUUUCUUUCUCGCCCAACAUUUCGCAUUCUUUCCAGAAUAAAUCUAUCUGUACUUUGUACAAAUCUUCUGAUAAUUCGUCUUCGAUCUGCGACAGCUCGUACAUUAACCUAUCCAUCAUACAGUGACGUUUUUUGGUUCCAUUACAUACCAAUGUACUUCAUAAUUUAUUCAAUCGCCAUGUUAUCUACAUUGCUCAUCGAGUUUCCAACAGUCAAUUUAUUGAAAAAACUAUUCUCCAGUCCCCAGCAGCAUGAGAUCGAAGGAAACAACAAUUGCAAUAAAAAACAAGUGGUUGUUGAUAAACAAGCAAAAGUGACCAAUUGCUGAAUAGUUAAUCACUUAAUACUUAGUAUUCCAUAUUUGCACUCAAUUCAUUCAAUCUGUAUGGUCAAUUAAUCAAUUGAAUCUAAUAUUUGUAAAGUAUUAUCAAUAAGUAUUUAGUACUCUACUAAUUUGUAAAUAAUAAUAAAAAAAUAAUAAAAAUCAAU